UUUAAGAAGGUUAAUUACUCAAUACUUAAGAAAAUUAUUGGACAUGGAAAGUCUAGAUUUUGGGAGAAAUAUUGAAAUAUUUAGAACUGAUUUUCCGGUUUCUCCUUACUCAUCAUUUAGUGAAAGUUUAUCACCUAUUUCAUCUGAUUAUUCUUCAUGUAAUGAAAAUGACUAUCAUAAAUGUAUCAAACGAAGGAAGACUAAGUAUGGUCACAUUCAAACUUACCAACGGGAAGCCGCCAAUUUACGAGAAAGACGCAGAAUGCAGUCAAUAAAUGAUGCAUUUGAAGGACUUCGGGAACAUAUACCAACAUUACCAUACGAGAAAAGACUUUCCAAAGUUGACACUUUAAAAUUAGCAAUAGGUUACAUUGGCUUCCUAGCAGAACUUAUAAAGUCAGAUAUAGAAAACGGUGAUAGUGUCUCAUCAACAUCAGAUGACAGUACCAGAAAAGUUAUAAUUCAUUACCAUACUGGCUUGUUUGCAGACGACAACUCGAUAUAUGGUGGACCACCUUUAGCUGGACAUUCGUUAUCUUGGAAAGAUGAAAAGAAACCGCAACUUGGACCAAAUAAAACGUUCUAUGCUAAAAUUUGGACACCUGAAAAUCCCUCGGAAUGUAAGACUAUUGGCAGUGAUGAAGAUAUUACACAUAAAGUAGAUUCGACUGUAAAAAUCUAGAUUCGAUUUGAUUUUCUAUGUGUACUUUGUAUGUUUACUACUUUAUCGUAAACAGAGGGUUUGGUGCAUAAUCUUGAAUCUAUAUGUUCCAUUCAAUGUAGGAUCAGAGACCAACG